AAACCACACAGUUUCACUCAAAAGGCAUACAAUACUCCUCCUCCUCCCAGCUUGAAUCAAAGAAACAGAGCGCAAAGAGAAUGAGUUCCGCAAGCAAAGCAUGGUUAGUUGCUGCAAGUGUAGGUGCUGUCGAGGCACUCAAAGAUCAAGGCUUCUGCAGAUGGAAUUACACAAUGAGAUCACUUCACCAUCACGUCAAGAACAAUCUCAAGUCCUCUUCUUCCUCGUUUGCUCAUCAGACCAAGAAGCAUUUAAGUAGUAAUAUUACAGAUCAGAGUAACAAGGCUGUACAGUCCGAAGAAUCGCUUAGAAAAGUCAUGUACUUGAGUUGUUGGGGUCCCAAUUGAAUUGACACCCCCAACCGUUUCCAUGUAGUUGUUGGCAGAUCAUCUUGUACAUUUUAUACCCUUAUUGACUAUAGCCCAUAUAUUGUAUCAUGUUAAUUGAUGAGUAUAAAUUUGAGUAAUUGGAAAACUAA